AUGAUUAACGUUGCUUCGUUUAUAGAUGCCAUGCCUUCUGCUUUUAUGUACACUAGUAUCGCUUCAGGUGCAGCACUUAGUGUAAUGUUUGUUCUAUUUGUCUUUUCACUCUGUGCCCUUGAAGAUAAGUCAAAGAAAACAGCGAUCAAGUUUGCCGUUAUCUUUGGAACUAUAGCUCUUAUUGUCUUCACCAUUGCUGUUCUCUGCUACACUGAAGUAAUCAACUACCAAGCCAUUAUCACGCCUGUACUCAACUGGAUUAACCGAACCUUCUAUUCCAGCGAGUUGCCAGCCUUCGAACAAGCAAAGCAAGCAGGUGAAAGUGCCCUUGAAAAAGUUAAGCAAACAGGUGAAAAUGUCCUUGGAACAGUUAAGCAAACAGGUGUUGACCUCGCAGGAAAGGCCAAACAAGUUCUUGAUGAGACCAUUGGCAAGACAAUUAACGAAAGCCUCAGUAACAUUAAGAGUCCGAACAUAUAA